CUCUUAACCACUGAGCCAUCUCUCCAGCCCCAGUGCCCAUUUCUUUACCUAUCAUUUAUGGCUCCUCUUGUCACAGUCUAAAUGUCCCACAAACCCCAAAGCAUUUAUUUAUUCACAUGGUCUUGGACCAAAAGUAUCUUUACUUCUGGUUCACUGGGUUGUUUAGAAACUGUGUACAUGAAGAUUUCAGCCUAUGAAGCUAUAGUUUAUGAAGGUGAAUUUAAGCUGGAGUGAUGGCUUAGCAAUUAAAAGUACUUGCUCUAUCUGAUGACCCAUGUUCCCAGACUCACAACUGUCUGUAACUCCAAUCCUGGGGGAUCCAAUGUCCUCUUCUGGCCUCCAUGGGGAGCCAGGAACACAUGUGUAUGAAGACAAAAUGCUCAUACAUACAGAAAAAAUAAAAAAUAAAAUAAAUAAAUUUAAAAAUUUAAAAAGAAAACCACCAGGCACGGUGGUGUGUUCCUACCUAGAGUCCCAGCAUUCAGGAGCAAAGAUUAGGAGGGGGUCAAAAUCAUCCUUAUAGUAAUUUUGAGGCCAACCUAGCCUGGGUUCCUGAAAAUUGUCCUAUAUGCACUAUGCCAUGUGAGCACGCUAAAUCCACCUACCAUACACUGAAAUAAAUUCGGCGGGCAUAGGGGCACACACCUGUGGUCCAAGCAGGUGGAUCUCUGUGAGUUUGAGGCCAUCUUGGUCUACACAAUGAGUUCCAGAGUAAACCAGAGAUGCCUAGUGAGACCUUCUUUUUUUUAAAAAAAAAAUAUUUAUUUAUUUAUUAUGUAUACAAUAUUCUGUGUGUAUGCCUGCAGGCCAGAAGAGGGCACCAGACCCCAUUACAGAUGGUUGUGAGCCACCAUGUGGUUGCCGGGAAUUGAACUCAGGACCUUUGGAAGAACAGGCAAUGCUCUUAACCUUUGAGCCAUCUCUCCAGCCCCGAGACCUUGUUUCAAACAAACAAAAUCAACUCUAAAUUAAAUUAAUUAGCAUUAACUAAAGUAAUGAAAUCUUUAGAAGAUUACUUGUACUUCAUGCUAUAAAAAUACACAGGCCUUGGAAGGGCUCAAACCAGCACUGCACAGAGACAAGGAGGGCAAAGCACAGGACACAGGUGACAGGAAAAGCAGCACAGACCCUGUGGAACUUGGGGACAAGGCCAACUACGCAAUCAGAGGGACGACUACAUUUUGCUGUGUCUGGUUCCCUAUGAAAUCUGGUAGCCAGAACUGGGAGGGGGAGGCAGAUUUGUGGAUCAGUCUGUAGCAAUCCAGAAGAUUCUCUGAAGAAAGGGCAGUUUAGAUUCAUUUCCUGUCUCUGCUUAUUGAAAUCUGUGGUGACAAGGGACAUGAACUCCAGUGUUUCAGUUUAGAGAGCCAAAGCUUGGGAUUUGGCCAAAGCCUUCCCUCCACUGGGAAAGCAUUUAGCUACUCAUCUACGCACUAACCACUCACCUGCCUAAAGCCUGCUGUGGACGAGCUCGACAUGGUGGCUCGCACCUUUAAAAUAGCGUUUUUUUGUUUUGUUUUUGCUUUUUCGAGACAGGGUUUCUCUGUGGUUUUGGAGCCUGUCCUGGAACUAGCUCUUGUAGACCAGGCUGGUCUCAAACUCACAGAGAUCCGCCUGCCUCUGCCUCCCAAGUGCUGGGAUUAAAGGCAUGUGCCACCACCGCCCGGUUUAGCGCUCUCUAUUUUAAAGACACGAGGAUCUCUGAGGCUAGCCUGUUCUAAGAGCAAAAUCCAGGAUAGUCAGAGCUAUGCAAAGAAAUCCUGUGUUUAAAACAAAACAAAAUAAAACCGAAAACCAAACAAUCAAAGCCAAAAGCCUUGUUGUGGAGCUAGGACAUACUCCUUCACCUUUCUGAGCCCUUGCCUGUCCCCUGUACAACGUCUCCUGUGGGAAUACUGAGCUGCCAGGAAGUACAGAGGACAGAAUGGUGUGGGCUGUUGCCCCUUGCCUACACCACAGGCUCCUGCUGUUCAGCUCAUUCUGCCUGCCACUCCACAAGGGAACAUCUCAAUACUCAGAAACAUUCUUCUGUUUGUUGGAAUCAGGCUAUGUUCUAGAACCUUGUCCUCUUCAAUGCCUCCCUCACUCUGGAAUACACUACUGUUUCUGCCAGAAUACCCUAGAAUGGCAGGACUUUACUGUCUCUGGACACUAACCACUUGCUCCAGUUCCUGAGCCUGACUUGAGUCCAGGCUGUCACCAGGAUGAGAUGGCGGGACCGAAUAGCCGUAUUCUUCUUCCCUCCAGGCAUGAUGCUCACCGUAGCUGCAUUAAUGCUCUUCUUCCUACACAUGGGUGUAUUUGCUAGUGAUGUUCACAACUUCUGUGUCAGCCACCACUACGACCGCAUGAGCUUCCGAUACACGGUUGUCCUGAUAGUAGGUCUGGGGAGGGGCUCGAGGGCUGGGGAAAGCAAAGGGGCUGAUGAAAGUGUCUACGUCAGGGGCCGCUCUCCCACUGGACCCCUCUCCCAGUUCUCCCAGGUGAUCAGCAUCUGCUGGGCUGCCAUGGGGUCACUCUACGCAGAGAUGACUAGUGACAAGUUUCUUCGCUGCUUUGCUCUGAUCAUCCUGAUACUCAAUGGAGCCAUGUUCUUCAACCGCAUGUCCCUGGAGUUUCUGGCCAUCAAUUACCGAGAGGAGAACCACUGA